CGCGUGUAGUGGGGUUGGAGGAGCCAUUUUGUGCGCGCUUUUCAUCGAGUGAGGAGGCAGCUUGUCGCUGUCCCGUCAAUCCGCCGCCGCGCUUCACUGUUCAUCAGGGCUCGUCCCUUCUCUUUGUUUCUCUCUUUGUCUUGUUCCCACCCCAGCUUUUCACCCUGGCGAUGGCAGAGUAUAUCCGUGUGGCGGAGGAGGAGUCGGAAGAACCGAUGGAGAUCCCGAGCGAGGACGACGGCACGGUGCUGCUGUCCACGGUGACGGCGCAGUUCCCGGGCGCCUGCGGCCUGCGAUACCGUAAUCCCGACAACCAGUGCAUGCGAGGCGUGCGCCUGGUGGAAGGCAUCCUGCACGCCCCGGACAAUGGCUGGGGCAACCUGGUCUAUGUGGUUAACUACCCGAAAGAUAACAAAAGGAAAAUGGAUGAAAUUGAUGCUGCUUCAGCUGUGAAAGUGAAGAGAGCAGUCCAGAAAACAUCAGAUCUCAUUGUUCUUGGACUUCCCUGGAAGACAACUGAACAGGACUUGAAGGAUUAUUUCAGUACUUUUGGAGAAGUGAUUAUGGUGCAGGUAAAGAGGGACACUAAGACAGGGAACUCUAAAGGCUUUGGGUUUGUCAGAUUCACAGAAUAUGAAACACAAGUGAAAGUGAUGUCACAACGGCACAUGAUUGAUGGACGCUGGUGUGACUGUAAACUGCCUAAUUCCAAGCAAAAUGCAGAUGAGCCUUUGAGAAGCAGAAAGGUGUUUGUGGGUCGCUGCACUGAGGACAUGAGUGCUGAUGAGCUUCGUCAGUUCUUUUCCCAGUUUGGUGAUGUGACUGAUGUGUUUAUCCCAAAACCAUUCCGUGCUUUUGCUUUUGUCACAUUUGCUGAUGACCAGGUUGCCCAAUCUCUCUGUGGUGAAGAUCUGAUCAUUAAGGGGGUCAGCGUGCACAUUUCCAAUGCAGAGCCUAAGCAUUUGAAUGCUAGACAGCAGCUAGAUAGAGGACGAUACAGUAUCAACACAGGAGGCUUUGGCAAUCAGGGUGGGUUUGGUAAUAGCCGAGGUGGUGGGGGAGGAUUAGGUGGCAGUCCAAACAGUAAUAUGAGUGGAGGUGGAAUGAAUUUUGGAGCUUUUAGCAUCAACCCAGCAAUGAUGGCUGCUGCCCAAGCAGCUUUGCAAAGCAGUUGGGGAAUGAUGGGAAUGCUUGCCAGUCAGCAGAACCAAUCUGGUGCAGGAGGGGCAAACCCACAGCCAAAUCAGGGAAACGUACCGAGGGAACAGAACCAGCCAUUUGGAACCAACAAUAAUUCAUACAGCUCAAAUUCUGGUGCGUUAGGAUGGGGAUCAGCAUCCAACUCGGGUGGUCCUGGAUUUGGCUCUGGUUUUGGAUCUAGCAUGGAGUCCAAAUCAUCAGGGUGGGGAAUGUAAAAUGAGUUCUAGUGUCUAGCAAAUGAGCAGACAGGAGUUUAGAAUUCUAAUAAUGGUAAGUAAAAUAGUUUUUCCAUGGCAUUUUUUUCUUGCUGCAUAAUUGAAAAUUUUUUAAAAUGUGGUUGUGUUUUGUGAUGUCGUUCAAGACACUGACAGUAAGGUGAACUUUGAAAGCGACGACUGUGUUGAGGAAUGGAACUUGCACUUGGUGCUCUCCCUGGCUCGUUGUAGUAUGCAAAUCUUGUUUUGAGUUUAAGUCUUUAAUAUGUUUUAUAAUCUGUGCACAUUGUUACUCCUCCGCAUGUUCUGGGAUUCUUAGUAAAGUAAGGCACAUUGCAUCUAACAAUGUAGGGUAACUUCAGAUUUUUCAUCACUGCAUUAUGAUGCAAUGGCUUCAGUUAUAAAUUGCCAACAUGUUCUUAAGUCAGAUGCAACUUAAACUCAAAUGCAUGAGAAUAUUUCUGCUUUAACUUCAUAUAGUAAACGCUGCAUUCUUUAAAAGUUGCGUUUUCACCAAGUAAACUAGAUUUUCUCCUUACUGUGCAAGCUAGGUUUCUGCAAGACCAUAUCUUGUUUUCUAACCAUGUUUUGUUGUAUUUUGAAAUACUGCACAGUGAUCGGAGAAAAUAUUUAGUUUUUCAAAUAAUUGUAAUAAGACCUGAUAAUAUGUAGACUGACUAACUUUAUUGGUACCUUUUUUAUAAGUUCCAUCCUGUUGAUGACUGGUUCAUUCAGAUGCUGCACUGAGUAUAAUUAUUCUAAAAUUGAUCAGCUUAAUAUUGCUCUUUAUCAUUACUUCUGAAUGCUGCCAAGACUAGUGUUCGGUCUCUGGCACUUUCUGCCCCCCCCCCCCCCCCCCCCUCCCGUUCUGGCCUGAAGUAAUUUAAAACCACAUUUAUCUACGUAGUACAGUGAAGCAGGGAGGUUGACGUUAAGACAUUCCAUGAAAUAUUGUUAGGAACUAGACUUGUAUGACCCUUUUCAGAAUUUUGCAACUGUUUGUGCUUUUUUUUAAAUUAUGGAGCUAAUUUUGUUUUUCAUCAUUCCAUCUUUGGAAUGGAAACCAUGCUAUCUAAGACACAUUUCUGGCACAGUAAAACGUCUAAGGGAAUUUGCCUGUUUGGUUAGAAUAGCAAGUUUUGACCCUUGAAGCUUACAAGUAGUUGAACCUUUGAGAGUCCUGGUUUACCUUCCAGUUUGGAAGACUUGGUUAUUACCUUCUUAUUUCACUUGACUGUAUUGUUUUUAUUCUGUACUUCACAAUGAUGAAAGUACCAUUUCUAGGAUUUUUUUAUUCCUGAUAUGAUUAGAAGGAGCAUUCCAUUUAGAGUAAAAUAUUACUCUGCUUGGCUGUAAAUCUCUUGAUCUGUCUUACAUAUUUAGUAUCAUAACACUUAAUAGCUAGCUUAAAUAGAUAAUAAAAAGAAUUCUUUGCCUGGUAACGUGAAUGGUUAUGGCCAAAUAUCUUUAUUUUAUCAUCCCUAAUGUGAUCACUUAAAUGCAAUCAAUAAAUCUCAAUCUAUCAAAUACCAACAAGCUCUAUUUGCAAUAUGAAAGCAGUAUGAAAAACCUGAAAAUACCCUAGUUGAAGAUACCUUUAGCUAUUCUGUGGUGCUUGUUUAGUGAGCUUCUAGCAUUUCAGUCUACAUUGCCCUUUACCCAUAAAUGCUGUUAGAUUACACAUGAAUUCCUAGCAAUAUAUCCGCGUGCACUUGGUUAGGCUGUUUCAUCCACGUUCUAUCCAUCUUAAAAUUAAUGAACUACUCCCAUAUUAUAAUCCAACAAGUGCUUGAAAACACAUGCUUUCAGAGCCUCAGCCCUCUCAGAUGUUGGAGAGGUAAAUCAGACACAGAACUUGUAAGUAAAAGAUUAAAGGCUCACAUCGUUGAGGAUGUACAAAACAAAUGUAAGAUGCUGUUAAAUCUUAAGUUAGAUGAUUUUAAUUGAUCUCCAGUCAAUGGCCCUAAGAGAACUACAAGUUUUCAGUGUAAAGAAGAGGUGGCAUUUUUGGUCCAACAAUGUAUGUAAGGUUUGUUUAGAAUCUGUGUUUUAUUUUGGAGUUAGUCUGGUUAUAUUUCAAAAAUAGGAAUUUAUAAAAGACCAUAUUGACUGCAUAAACUGUGCUUUUUGAACAAAAUAAACCUAUCUGCAAAUAUAGAUUCAUCGUUUGCUCGAGUGAGAGAGGGGGGAGUGAGCGUGUGCGUGUGUUGUGGAGGGGAGAGUUUCUCACUUCUGAAUCUAUGGGGUGAAUUUAUAUUUGCUUGUUCAGGAAGCUCACUAUAUACAGUCAAUGUGGCAUUUUAUAAAUUGCUCUAGAGAUAAAACCAGUGACUCCAAACUGAAAUAAAACUGAUUCUGAUUUUGGCUUCACAUCUAACGUGCGUUGACUGACCUAAAAUGUCACCUUUUUUACACUGAUAAAAUGUUUAGUGCUCUCAGGACUAGACUUGAAAAGAAUUCAGAGAUUUACAUAUACAUUAAAGUCAGCUAACCGAUUAAAGAGUUAACAGCAACUUGCAUUUGUUUAGUACAUCCUCAUCAAUAUUGUGAACCUUUUGAUCUACCCACUGACACCUGAAGAAGGACUGAGGCUCUUGAAAGCUCGUCCGUUUGAAAUCACCUGUUGGACUAUAACGUGAUGUCGUAUGAUUUAUGACAUUUUGUCCACCCCAGUCCAACACCAGCACCUCUCUCAAUACUCCCACAGUGUCAGCUAUGGAAAGAUGUAUGACAGUGAUGACAGCCAUGACAGGUAAAUACAGCCUGGUAAUGAAUUGAAAGCCGUACUGUGGUGCAGAAACUUUUGCAUAAAUAGUUUCAAAAUCUUUAAGAUGGUUAGAACAUAUUUAAUGGUGUAUUGUGUCGAUUUUUCAAAAAAUUGAAAUAUCUUUUUAAGGAAGUGGCCUGGAUCAUCAAGCAUGAACACCUGCAUACUGUAUAGAAAAUGCUUUCUGUAAACCAUCUCUCUGCAUUGCUUCAAGCUACAUGGAGUUGCAGGUUCUAUUCAAAGGGACCACGGUGGGUGUUCCAUUUUUGUCCUCUACUCUUUUCAAGGAUUCGUUUAUCAGCGCUGUGAAGCGAGAUGAUGUGCACAGAGCUGUGGUGACUUGAUUUGAAGCCUGGUGUGGGAUUGAUGCAUAUGGUGUUGCCAACGAAUGAGAGAGCUAGUAUGAGCGAGGAAGGAGAGAGCGCGUGCAGAGACCUGGUGGUGCAUAUUGAAUUUUUAAACAUGGCAAGAUGUGGCUCUCAAUCCCUUUGGCAUGGUGAGAGAAUGCAGAGGAGAAGUGGGAUACAGUACGAAUGGUUUUUCUUGCGUUCACAAAGGACUGUCCGUGACUGGAGGGGGGUGGGGGGGAGACUGUAGUGUGGUGAUAUCUGCUUGUAACUUGAGUAAUUGGAAACUGUGUUGGAUGUGUUCAGUGAAAUGAAUAUCUCUAGGGGUUGAAACCCAGGAACAUUUGGGCUCCACAAAUUAUAAAAAUUGUGUUAAAUUUUCUUACUUGGUUUUAAGUUGCUUAAAGAUAAGAACAAAAUAUUUGAAAAGUCUGAUUUCAUAAAAGUUAUUCUAAAUCCUACUUCUGUGACUUUUUUUAGAAAAAGAACAUCGUGUCCAUAAGGAAUUGGUAACUUGUAUAAAUUGCAGGCUGAUUUAUAAAAUUGGACCGACUGAGUUUAGUUUCAACCCCUGAAUAUUUUUUUGUAUCAUCCUUACCCCUUCCCUUCCUGUUAUUUGUGUGUGCCGAAUGGUUGGUGAUGUAUUUUUGUAUUACUGAUAUGUAAGUGUGGAUAAGUGAUAUGAUGUGGAGUUAUGAAGGAACAAUAUUCUGUGGAGUGUAUCGUGGCAAUGCUGCCUGCCAGAGAUGACUUGGGUGAGCUCCGUGUCCAUCUCGAAUAAGAGUGUACGAUUGUCUGUUUUCUGUGAGUUUAUUACGAAUGCGGGGCUUAAUAAAUGAUUGCUUGAGUUUAGUGUGUUUUGAAGCCCUUUUUUUAAUAUCUGAAUGUAGGGAAUUCUUAAUAAAAUCUUGACUUGACUAAA